CCGGCGCGGCCCGCGGCAAUUUUCUUUUACACGCCCGCCGAGGCAGCUUGCUGUGUCUCUCCUUAUCUACUUUUCUACACGCUCCAGUAGGCUGUUACUAGGAGAAAGUGAAAUGGAAGUUCUUCGCCCACAGAUUAUAACAGUCGAAGGGAGGAAUUAUAGGAAGAAUCCUAUCCAAGAAAAAACUUACCAGCAUGAAGAAAAUGAGGAGGAUUUCUAUCCAGACUCCAUGGAGGGUGCUGAUGAGCCCUGUGAGGCCUACGCGCUGGAGCAGACCCCGCAGGGCUUCCGGUCUGCAGUGAGCGCCCCUUGCCUGCUCUACAAGCAUAUAGUUGGAAAGAGAGGGGAUACUAAGAAGAAAAUAGAAAUGGAGACCAAAACUUCUAUUACCAUUCCUAAGCCUGGACAAGAUGGAGAAAUUGGUGAGAAUCAGUCCAUAUAA